GGAUUUUGCAAAAUGUGUUUGCGGUGAUAAAACACAUUUUGCAAAGUCAAAAUAACAAAAAAUUGUCCGUUGACUAAAUUUUUUACAAAAAUUACCUAAAUAUAAAAGGCAUCGUAAGAAUUGCAAAAAGUUUAACCUUCAUAUCCUUGAAAACACCGACUUUCGACGGCUACACUUUGCGAUCAGAUCGUAAAGUAAGGAUUUAUUUUUCAUCGAUUUUCGCAAGAUCAAGGCACUAAAUGGCUGAAGCAAAGAGGAAGCCAGUUUUUUCCAAAGUUGCGGAAUUACGACCUGGCACCAGUGGCCUUAAUCUCACUGUCAAGGUUGUUGACUCAAAGUUAAUUAUGCAGAGAGGCAGGUCUGAUGGACCUCAAGUUCGCCAAAUGAAAAUCGCUGAAUGUUUAGUCGGAGAUGAGACUGGAAUGAUCAUCUUUACUGCCAGAAACGAUCAAGUGGACAAAAUGCAAAAAGGCGCUACAGUAACCCUGCGCAACGCAAAGAUCGACAUGUUCAAGGGAUCCAUGAGGCUUGCUGUGGAUAAGUGGGGGAUUGUUGAGGUCGCAGCAGAGCCAGCAGAUUUCACUGUCAAAGAAGAUAACAACCUAUCGCUGAUCGAGUAUGAACUUGUGACCGUUGUCGAGUGAAACGGCUGUAGCAGAAACUCUAUUUGGGCCCUUCAAAAGGUUAGAACAUGAAGAAAUAAAUGAAGAAUCAAAAAAAGUGAAGUGAAUGUAGUUGUAUAUCUUGGGCAUAUAAUAUUCUAAGCUGCUCGUGAAAACCUUACCUUCCGUGGAGGAAAUCGAGGCUUCCAAUCACUACCAAAAAGUGGGAGAAGCGAACCAUUUAGUUGUUCGUGAAAGCAGCUUCAUGGAUUUGAACCCUUCUUAAAAAUGGUAGUGUGCUUGCUGUCUGUUAGAAACUUGGUUUGUUUUUCUGAUUCUCUUUGACUUGGUAGUUUGGAGAUUAGAUAACAAGAAUUGGUUUUAUGUCAUAAUAUGCUUGAGAUUGAACAAGAACCCAAUGCUAUAUAACUAAUUACUAUUUCGCAUCUAGUAUCUCUACAUAA